CUGUGAGGGUGUUUAGCACUCGGUGAUGGCGGAGAUGUCGGCCCCUGUGCGUUACGAGGACAGCUGUGGAGCCGCAGAGCUGGGGAUCGGUAUCUCCGUGUCGGCCUCCAUGUCAUGGCUGCCGGACAAUGUGCUGCUCGAGGUGCUGAGCUUCCUGUCAGUGCGGGACCUGAUCCGCAGCGGCCGGGUCUGCAAGCGGUGGAAAAGACUAGUGAUGGACAAGACCCUUUGGAGAUAUGUUGAUCUAACACCUUACAAGUUGAAUUCAAAGAUAUUAUGGCACCUUGUGAGGCAUUGUAUUGGAACCAACUUGCAAACUCUUAAGGUCAAAGGCCUCUUGAAUUCAGUGAGUAAGCAGGAAUUCCUAACGCCAGCUGUCCUUCAGGUGAUAGAGAAACGUUAUUCCAACCUGGAAAACCUUCAUCUGGAGGAAACCAACCUCCGAUCCCUAAGCUAUGAAUGUUUUCCUUCCAGCUUAAAAACAUUGGAGCUCUACCAGUGUGAAAUCCCAUUGACCUGGUUCAGGACAUCACAAUCAAAGAAUAAAAGUCUACCAAACUUGGAGAAUCUCAUUCUCAGAAAUGUUUCGUCUUUCUCUGACCACCUCUUUCAGACCAUAUGCAAAUUAUCUUCUCUGAAGACCCUCUGUCUUUCUGGUACCUACAGAGUAACUGACAUUGGAAUUCAGAAUGCGGUACCUUACCUGAAAGGACUACAACAUUUAAAAUUACAUGAUUGCAACAUUACGAACAUCACCUUGCACUUAAUUGGAUGCCAUUUGAAGCAUCUUCGAUCCUUGGCCCUCAGAAACUUUGGUUCCCUGACAGAUGCUGGACUUUCCUGUCUUUCUGAUGUUAAAACACUAGAAAAAUUAUGGCUUAAUUGCUGUUUUCGUCUCUCCUCAAACUGUAUUAUCUCUGUUUGUGGUAACUUGCCAUUCCUGAGCUAUCUCAACUUGAAUGGGAUUUUAUUUGAGGGCCAAGGUUUAGAAGAGAUUAGAAAAAGUUUGCCAAAUUGUAGAAUUACAAACUCUGUCUCUGAUGUGGAUACAAUGUUCAAAUUGUAAUAAAACGGGGGGG